AUGCCAAGACGAAGAGUAGAGCGUACCUUAGAAGAAGAAGAAGAAUUUCAACGACAACGUCCUGGCACAAUACGUAAUGAUCAAAUAAUUGAAUUAAAUGAUGAAAUUGGAGGAAAUGUUUCCAUAGUACAUCAAAUUACUUCUGAUUUAAUACAUAAUCCUGUAAUAGAAUUGGAUGAAGAAAUAAUUGGAGAAAAUUUAAUAAAUAUUAUACCAGUAUCUCAGCAACGUCAUGCUGAUUAUCAAUCUGGUUAUCGGUCACGAAAAAGACAAAUGCAUCGUUUAGAUAGUAAUAGAAUGUUGAUUGAAGAUAUAAAUGAACAUUACAUUGGUUUGAUGAAUGUGACCUGUAUUCAUUGUAAUGCAAAACAUUUUACAGCUGAAAAAAUAAAUAAUAAAGGAAAUUCAUUUCACGAUUGUUGUAAUCACGGUACGGUUUAUUUGGAAUCAUUACAAUUUCCACAAUUUCUUCGUAGUUUACUUGAUGGUAGCCAUGAAAAAUCCAAUAAUUUUUUCAAACAUAUUCGUAGUUAUAACAGUUCAUUUUCAUUUGCAUCAUUUAAUGCUAAUUUAAUUAAUUUUCAAAAUAGACGACCAGGGCCAUAUUGUUUUAAAAUACAAGGACAAAUAUAUUAUCAGAUAAAUACAGCAUUGUAUGCUGCUCAAAAUGAAAAUCCGACUUAUGGACAGCUUUUUAUUAUAGAUUCUAAUGAAGCAGUAAAUUAUCGUCUUACUGAACAUUCAGAGUUAGAUUUUGAAAUUGUACAAAAUCUUGAAUGUAUAAUGCGAGAAUCUAAUGUAUUUGCCUUGUCUUAUCAAAUGAUGGGUGAAGAAUUAGAAAAUCAACGACGAUUAGAAAUAGAAUCUGGAUCGUUAUUGCCAGAAUUACAAUUAUUAUUUACGUUAAAACCAGGUAUGGAUCGACGACGAUAUAAUGCUCAAAGAACUAAUGAAGUUGCUGCUGUUUUUUGUACAACUGCUGAUGGAGAAAUUCCAGAAUCAUAUGUAACAAUACGCAACAGAAAUACUAAAACUUUACAAAAUGUUAGUACUAUGGAUCCAAAUGUUGAACCGUGGAUAUAUCCAUUAUUUUAUCCAUAUGAAUUACGCACUGAAACAUAUCAAGGUUUAAGAGAUUAUAUGCAAACUAUGGCUAAUAAUUUAAAUGGACGUAUUGGAAAAAUGGUAAUACUUCCAUCCACAUUUAUUGGAUCACCGCGUAAUAUGAUACAAAAUUAUCAAGAUGCAAUGGCAAUUGUUAGUAAAUUUGUGGCAGCUUUUGUAUAUGUCAUUGAAUUUCAAAAACGCGGUUUACCACAUGUUCACAUGUUAGUUACUUUAAAAUAUAAUUUUAAAAUAACCACUCCACAAAUUGUUGACAAAUAUACUUCUGCUGAAAUUCCUGAUCCUUGUGAAAAUCGUCCCCUACAUAACAUAGUUAUGAAACAUAUGAUUCACGGACCCUGUGGUGAUUGGUGUUUAAUGGAUGGAAAAUGUUCAAAACAUUAUCCUAAAUCAUAUCUUGAAGAAACCAGAAUGGAUAAAGAUGCUUAUCCUUAUUAUCGUCGACGAAAUAAUGGUAGAAAUUUUGAACGACCUGGUGGAUAUAUAGUAGAUAAUCGUUACGUAGUUCCAUAUUGUCCUAUUUUAUCCAUUAUUUUUAAUUAUCACAUAAAUGUUGAAGUAGUUUCAAGACACGAUGUUGCUGCUAUAACAAUUGAGCCAAUAACAGAAAAUGUAAUCAUUGAUCAUAAUGAGAUACGUGAUUUUAUAGAAACUCGUUAUGUUGGACCUGUAGAAGCUACUUGGCGUAUUCUUGAAAAGAAGCUACAAGAUAAAAGUUAUGCUAUUAUACGUUUGCCUGUACAUCUUCCUAACGAACAAAAUAUUAUAAUUGAAAAUGAAAUAAUUGAAGAAGCAAUGACUUCUGCUUUAAAUCAAAAAGAGAAAAGUAAUGGAAGAAAUUUAUCACGUUGGGUUAAACGCAAAAAUCAUUAUAAUUGUAUAGGACGAAUGUAUUCUGUUAGUCCAACACAAACAGAAUUAUUUCAUUUACGAUUAUUAUUACUUACUAUAAAAGGAGCUACAAGUUUUAAUGAUUUAAGAACUGUAAUUGGAGAAGUAUAUCAAUCAUUUUCAGCAGCAUGUUUAGCUUUAGGUUUGAUUGAAAAUGAUGAUGAAUGGAGACGAGCAAUGAAUGAAGCUGCUGAAUGGAUGAUGCCAAGACAACUUCGUAGAUUAUUUGUACGUAUAUUAUUACAUCGUCAACCACUGCAUCCUGAAGAACUUUGGGAAAAUUUUAAAGUCGCAAUGUCAGAAGAUUAUUCACGACACUUUGGAAUAUUACAAGGCCAACAAAAAGCUUAUGCACAAAUUGGUACUAUUGCUGAAGGUAAAAGUUUCACUGAUUUUCCACAAAUGGAACAAUUGAUAGAAAAUUAUGAGGAGGAAAAUUAUAUAACGCUUGAAGAUGCUAUGGAAAUUGGUACGAAACAAUAUAAACAGUUAAAUAACAAACAGAAAGUAAUAGUAGAUCUUAUAUUAAAUAGAUUAGAUAAUAUUAAUCAUAACAGUAAUUGCUUUUAUAUUGAUGGUCCUGGUGGUUCUGGUAUCGCAGCAACAUUAUUACCAGCAGGAAAAACGGUUCAUAAAACUUUUGGCUUACCAGUUCCAUUAUUUGCUGAUUCAUCAUCUAGCAUUAAAAUUCAAUCAAAAGAAGCUCAAUAUUUGAGAGAAACAGAUAUUUUUAUUUGGGAUGAAGCGCCAAUGGCACCACGAUAUGCUCUAGAAAUUAUAGGUCGAACGUUACGUGACAUUAUGAAUAAUAAUUUACCUUUUGGUGGAAAAAUUAUCAUAUUAGGUGGUGAUUUCAGACAACUUCUUCCUAUUAAAUUACAUGGUACUCGAAGUGAAAUCGUUAAUCUUUCCAUCAAGUUUAGUUAUGUUUGGAAAUACUUUACAAGUUUCUCUUUAUCAAAAAAUAUGAGAGUUCUUCCAGAAGAAAAUGAAUUUGCAAAGUUCCUAUUAAAUAUGGGAGACGGCGUAUUAAAUGAUUCUACUAACCAUAAUGUACAUCUUCCAGAUAAUUGUAUUGCAUCCAUAAAUGCUAAUAUUGCAGAAGAUAUAUAUGAUGAAUUAAUACGAAAUAAAGAAUUCAAUAAAAUGGCGAAGUGUGCAAUACUUUCUGCAAGAAAUAAAGAUGUAGAUGAAAUUAAUAUACAAGUUGUCGAAUUGCUAGAUACAUUAGAAGAACGAAUUUAUACAAGUAUAGAUAGUACUGAAAAUUGCAGUGAUAACGAUGAGAUUAAUGAAGUCAUACUACCAGAAUAUUUAAAUAGUUUAUCUCCAUCAUCUCUUCCUCCUUAUAAAUUACGUUUAAAACCAAAUUGUAUCGUUAUGUUGAUACGAAAUCUAAGUAUCAAUGAAGGUCUUUGCAAUAGCACCAGAUUAAUGAUUAUAGAGCUAGCUGAUCAUUUACUAAAAUGCAAAAUUUUAACUGUUGAUAAAGUAGGAGAUAUUGUAUUUUUAAACCGUAUAACAUUAUAUUGCGAAAAUGUAUACCCUUUCACUUUUAAAAGAAGACAAUUUCCAAUAAAAUUAGCUUUUGCUGUGACUAUUAAUAAAUCACAAGGUCAGACAUUUGACAAAAUAGGAAUAGAUCUUCGCAAAGAUGUUUUUAACCAUGGACAACUUUAUGUUGGUUUUUCACGA